AUGGCUGCCACCGCUGCCGAAGUACCGGUUCAACAACCGGCCGUUGAUAAGCUAAGCGAGAAGCUGGCCACUGUCACCCUCAGCGAGCUCAGCCCGCCGCCGGACUUCAUCGAGUCCCGACUGAAGCUCUGGGCGAAGUUCAAGGCCCGCUACGAGGCGGAGCUGGCGGAACGCCAGGCGGCCAGCGUGGAGAUCACCAUUCGGGCGACGAACAAGGACGGCGAGCUGCGCGAGGUGAAGGGCAGCAGCUGGAAGACCGCCCCGGCGGACAUUGCCCGGCAGAUCGGGCCGAAGUCCUGGCACGAGACGCUGGUCAUCAGCAAGGUGAACGGCGUCCUCUGGGACCUGGAGCGGCCGCUGGAGGGCGACUGCGACCUGCAGCUGAUCAACUUCGAGGACGACGAGGGCAAGGCGGUCUUCUGGCACUCCUCGGCGCACAUCCUCGGCGAGGCCAUUGAGAAGCUGUACGGCGGGCACCUCUGCUACGGGCCGCCCAUCGAGAGUGGCUUCUACUACGACGUCUUCAUGUGCAACGGCCACGGCCACGGCGGCGAUGCCGCUGCUUCAGCUCUGCCGGACGCCGUCUCGCAGACGCACUACCCCGCCAUCGAGUCCUCGAUGAAGGCGAUCGUCGGCGAGAAGCAGCCCUUCGAGCGGCUGGAGCUGACCAAGGAGGAGCUGCUGGAGAUGUUCGCCUACAACCAAUUUAAGGUGCGCAUCCUCCAGGAGAAGGUCACCGAGCCGAAGACCACCGUCUACCGGUGCGGCACGCUGAUCGACCUCUGUCGCGGGCCGCACGUCCGCCACACCGGCAAUGUGAAGGCCUUCAAGGUGACCAAGAACUCGAGCUCCUACUGGGAGGGCAAGGUGGAGGCGGAGAGCCUGCAGCGCGUCUACGGCAUCUCCUUCCCCGACACGAAACAGCUGAAGGAGUGGCAGCGCUUCCAGGAGGAGGCGGCGAAGCGCGACCACCGCAAGAUUGGCCGCGACCAGGGCCUCUUCUUCUUCCACGAGCUCAGCCCGGGGUCGUGCUUCUUCACCCCUCGUGGUGCCCACAUCUACAACACGCUCAUGGACUUGAUUCGGAGCGAGUACCGGAAGCGCGGCUUCCGCGAGGUCGUCUCGCCCAACAUCUACAACAUGAAGCUGUGGGACAUCAGCGGCCACAGCGAGCACUACGCCGAGAACAUGUUCCAGUUCGACCUGGACAAGGAGAAGUUCGGCCUGAAGCCGAUGAACUGCCCCGGCCACUGCCUGAUCUUCGACUCUGACGUGCGCAGCUGGCGCGACCUGCCGCUUCGCUUCGCCGACUUUGGCGUCCUCCACCGCAACGAGUUCUCCGGGGCGCUCAGCGGCCUGACGCGCGUCCGUCGCUUCCAGCAGGACGACGCGCACAUCUUCUGCGCCCUGGAGCAGGUCUCGGCGGAGAUCAAGUCCGCCCUGGCCUUUCUCUCCUUCAUCUACGACCAGUUUGGCUUCACCUUUGAGCUCAAUCUCUCCACCCGGCCCGAGGGCUACCUGGGCAGUCUGGAGGACUGGAACGCGGCGGAGGCGGCGCUGGAGGGGGCGCUCAAUGCGAGCGGCUUCGCCUGGAAGCUCAACCCCGGCGACGGCGCCUUCUACGGCCCGAAGAUUGACAUCACCAUCAACGACGCCCUUCGGCGGCCCUUCCAGUGCGCCACCAUUCAGCUCGACUUUCAGCUGCCCAUUCGCUUCAACCUGAUGUACAGCGCCGAGGACGGGACGAGGAAGCGGCCGGUCAUCAUCCACCGCGCCAUUCUCGGCUCCAUUGAGCGCUUCAUCGCCAUCCUCACGGAGAACUUUGCCGGCAAAUGGCCAUUCUGGAUCUCCCCUCGCCAGGCGAUCGUCCUCCCCGUCGGCCCGAGCAACAACGACUACGCGGAGCAGGUCCGCCAGCAGCUCUUUGACGCCGGCUUCCAGGCCGAGUCGGAGAUUGACCCCGGCCUGACCAUCAACAAGAAGGUGCGCAACGCCCAGCUGGCGCAGUUCAACUUCAUUCUGGUCGUCGGCGACAAGGAGAUGGCCAACGGCUCGGUCAAUGUGCGCACCCGUGACAACAAGAUCCACGGCGAGAUUGGCGUCACCGAGCUGAUUGCCAAGUUUGCCAGCUUCAAGGCGAACCGGGUGAUCAACGCCGAGGAGGUCUUUUAA